AUGGGACGAGGAAGGGAUCGUAGUCGUGAUAGACGUCGUAGCCGUAGUAGGAGCAGGAGUAGAAGUCGCAGUCGAAGCCCCCGUUAUGGUCUUGGAUCAGGCGGUGGCGGUGGAGGCGGCGGCGGCUACGGCGGUGGACGCAGAAGCAAUCCAGGAGCUAGUCUACGAAAACCGAAGUGGGAUUUAAGUAGACUAAAACCAUUCAAAAAAGAUUUCUAUGUACCCCAUAUUGAUGUAGAAAAUAGACCUGAAUCUGAAGUGGAAGGUUGGAGAAGUGAUAAUGAAAUCACUCUCAAAGGACGUAAUAUCCCAAAACCGACCAUGACCUUCGAAGAAGCCGGUUUCCCUGAUUAUGUUAUGGAUGAGAUUGAUAAAAUGGGAUUUUCCAAGCCAACACCUAUCCAGGCGCAGGGUUGGCCAAUUGCAUUGAGUGGAUGUGAUAUGGUUGGUAUUGCAUCUACAGGUUCAGGAAAAACCCUGUCUUACAUUUUACCUGCAAUUGUGCAUAUUAACAACCAACCAAAAUCAAGUCGUGGUGAUGGCCCUAUUGCUCUUGUACUGGCUCCUACCAGGGAAUUAGCACAACAAAUUCAAGAAGUCUGUGACAAGUUUGCUAACACAUCUAAAAUUCAUAACACUUGUCUGUUUGGUGGAGCACCAAAGGGACCACAAGCCAGAGACUUGGAUGCUGGUGUAGAAAUAGUAAUUGCUACCCCUGGCAGACUUCUUGAUUUUCUUGAGAGUGGAAGAACUAAUUUAAAAAGAACUACUUAUUUAGUGCUGGAUGAAGCUGACAGAAUGUUGGAUAUGGGAUUUGAACCACAAAUAAGAAAGAUCAUUGAACAAAUUAGACCUGACCGUCAAACUCUUAUGUGGUCUGCUACAUGGCCCAGAGAAGUUCAGAGCUUAGCUGCGGAAUUUUUAAAAGAUUAUCUGCAAAUUAAUGUAGGCUCUCUGCAAUUGGCAGCUAAUCACAAUAUUCUGCAAAUCAUUGAUGUUUGUAUGGAAUAUGAAAAAGAAACCAAAUUAAGUACACUCCUUAAAGAAAUAAUGGCAGAAAAAGAAAAUAAGACUAUUAUUUUUAUUGAAACCAAACGUAGAGUGGAUGAUAUUACGAGAAAAAUGAAACGCGAUGGGUGGCCUGCAGUAUGUAUUCAUGGAGAUAAGUCACAAAAUGAACGAGAUUGGGUUCUACAAGAUUUUCGUAGUGGGAAAGCUCCCAUUCUAGUUGCUACGGAUGUUGCUGCUAGAGGUUUAGAUGUUGAUGAUGUUAAAUUCGUUAUCAAUUUCGAUUACCCAAGUAAUUCGGAAGAUUAUGUACAUCGCAUCGGAAGAACUGGACGAACUAACAAAACUGGAACAGCUUAUACGUUCUUCACGCCAUCGAACGCUGCUAAGGCAGCCGACCUAGUGGCUGUAUUGAAAGAAGCCAAACAAGUAGUUAACCCUAAAUUGCAAGAACUUGCUGAACGAGGUGGGGGAGGUGGUAGACGACACCGAGGUCGUGGCGGAAGAUACCGUCGUGGGCGUCGUUCUCGCUCCCGCUCCAGGUCACGCCGCCGUCGCUCCCGCUCCCGUUCUCGCUCACGUGAUCGUCGUCGCAGACGCCACAGCUCCUCCAGAUCUUCGCGAAGCCGAUCAUCGAGGUCAUCGAGAAGCCAUUCACGCUCCCGCUCCCGGUCGCGUAGCCGAUCUCGCUCAGGCAAGUGCAGCCCAGUGAAGAAUACUUCGGAUUCGGGUCAACAACAGGCGCCCCAAGCUCUUCUUCCCACGCCGAAAACCCUUCUGCCGACUCCCAUUGGUCCCCAGUUACCCAAUCACACUAACAAGGUUCCAGCCUCAUCCCCUGUGGAAAAUAAAGUUCCUCCUAAUGAUAGAAAAAUAAUUUCUAAUAAUCCUGUAAACAAUAAUAAUCAGAAUUACUUACAACAGCCGCCUCAAAUACCGCCUUUGAUGGCUCUUAAUCCUCAAAUGAAUAUGUGUGCUCCUCCUCCUCCAAUAAAUGGACAAGGCUUUGCUUUACCUCCUUAUUUUCCUGCUGACCAGUAUGGUAUGAUGAUUCCAAACUUCCCUGCAUCAAUGCUUCCUCCGGGUGGUUGGGCUGCCCCGCCGCCACCACCGCCUCCUCCUCCGCCCUCUGAGUCCUCGGCUAAAGGUAGUCACGAGCAAAGGGGCCCUGGCCAAAGUGGCCUCGAGUCAGAUUCCAGAAAACGCGGGGCUCGCUCAGGCGGGCUCGGUGGCUCGGGCGGCUAUGGACCCGCUGCGGGCGGGCUCGGCUCCAGCAGCGGCGGGCUCGGGGCCGGCGGUGGGCUUGGCUCGUCUGGCCCCGGGCUGGGCUCGUCAGGCCCCGGGCUCGGCUCGUCAGGCCCCGGGCUCGGCAACAGCACAGCGCUCGGUUCCGGUGGCGGGCUGGGCUCCGGAGGCGGGCUGGGCUCGUCCGGUGGGCUCGGUUCGUCCGGUGGACUUGGCUCCGAUGGCCCAGCUGGCUCGCGAUCGCGAGGCCGCGACCGGCGACGCCGCGGCCGAGGACGGGAUCACGACGACUUAGACUCUGCCAACUCAGGAGGUCUCGGCUCGUCAGGGCUCGGUGGGCCUGAUGGCGGCGGGCUGGGUCAACCGCCCAGCGGCGGCUACAAUUCUGGCGGUCUCGGCGUACCUCACGGGAGCCUCUUGCCGCGCAUGCUUCCUCCGAGCGUUGUCGAUGGUGUUGGACCACAGGGUGCUAACUUUACUGCGUUUGGGUCAUAUGGAUCUAAAAAUAUUAAACAGAAUAGCAAUGUUCAAGGAAAUGAGAGUAGCGAGGGUUACAAUGCUGCUGAUUGUAGAAUGCAAUAUUAUGGUCCACAAAAUGCUGGUCCCGGUCGGCCUUACGGUCUCGGUAUGGACCAGAUGGGUGCCAACGGUGCGCUGGCGAAUGGCUCCGUGGGGUACAAUAAUGACCGCCAGAGAAAUCGCCGACGAUGA